AUGCCUUGUUUGACACUUAGUCCAAUGUAUGAAAAUGAUGAAUAUACCGGUUGUUUUAGUCCUCAUAUUAGGGAUUCAAUUUUGAUUUACCUAACUGUUGGUGGAUCUAUGAUCCCCAUGCAUAUUAUGGAGACGAAUUCCAUUGCUUCUGUGAAGCUGAGAAUUCAGACCUUUAAAGGAUUUUUUGUAAAGAAAUCGAAACUGAUUUUUGAAGGGAAGGAAUUGGCUCAUAACAAAUCAUGUGUCCGUGAGUUUGAAUUAUCAAUUGAGGCAUCCUCUACUCCUGAUACAGUACCAAAUUUAGCUGCAGACCAGUUAGGGCCACUGUCUAUAACAACUAAGUUCCCGAAAAGGAACCGGUUGAGUAGUGAGUUUCUUUUGGAACCAGUUUUUAAAAAUUCCAACAUCAAAAUUCCACCACUGAUCCAGGAACUAGUUAAAAUAACAUUAGAGGGGUUAGAGAAAGGCCGUAAGCCAAUUCGAUCUUCAGAGGGAUCAGGCGGAGCUUAUCUCUUGCAUGAUUCAUCUGGCUUAAAGUAUGUUUCAGUUUUCAAGCCUACCGAUGAGGAGCCAAUGGCGAUUAAUAAUCCCCGGGGCUUACCUAUCUCUGUGGAUGGUGAAGGGUUAAAGAGAGGAACACGAGUAGGGCAAGGUGCGUUGAGAGAAGUUGCAGCUUACAUCUUGGAUUAUCCGAGGAAAGGACCGCGCUCAUAUCAUAACAAUGAGGAGCAAGGGUUUGCUGGAGUUCCGCCUACAGUUAUGAUCAAAUGCAUGCAUGAAGGGUUCCAUCAUCCUAAAGGUUACAAGAAUGUUUCAAGUAAUGUUAAAAUAGGAUCACUUCAGAUGUUUAUGAGGAACAUUGGAAGCUGUGAAGAUAUGGGCCCUGGUGCAUUUCCGGUGGAAGAGGUACACAAGAUCUCUGUGCUGGAUAUCAGGUUGGUAAAUGCAGAUAGACAUGCCGGGAACAUUUUGGUUGCCAAGAACGGUGAAGAAGAUCCAACUGUCCUUAUUCCAAUUGAUCAUGGCUACUGCCUACCUGAGAGUUUUGAAGACUGCACUUUUGACUGGUUAUAUUGGCCACAAGCUCAAGAACCUUACUCCCCAGACACAAUUGAGUACAUAAAAUCUCUAGACGCAGAAGAAGAUAUUAAGCUUUUGAAGUCUCAUGGAUGGGAACUUCCUCCUGAAUGUGCGCGGAUCCUUAGUAUAUCAACCAUGCUUCUUCAGAAAGGUGCAGAGAAAGGACUCACUCCUUUCACUAUUGGAAGCAUUAUGUGUAGAGAGACACCGAAGAAGAAGUCUGUCAUUGAGCAGAUUAUUGAGAAAGCGGAAGAAGCUGUGCUUCUUGGAACAAGCGAAGCUGCAUUCAUUGAUCUUGUUUCUGUGAUCGUGGAUAAUCAUUUAGAAGGGCUGUUCUCAUGA